GGGACCCUCGGCCCCCGGACAGGCGCGCAGAGAGAGAGAGAGAGAGAGCAGAGAGGCAGAGGUCCCCCGCAGGCCCGAGAGACACCCCACCAUGGAGCUGCUGGCGGCCGGCCGCGCCGCGCGCCCCCCGCCGGGGGAGGAGAAACUGCAGAUGUGGGACCUGAACAAGCGCCUGGAGAGCUACCUGUCCCGCGUGAAGGCCCUGGAGGAGGAGAACGAGCUCCUGCGGGCCCAGAUCGCCACCCUGCACCGGAACCAGCCGGAGCAAGGGGCCUGGAGGGCGGAGCUGGACCGCGAGCUGGCCCGGGCCCGCGAGGCUGUGGAGGCGGCCGGGCGGAGCCGCGACCGGGCCGAGCUGGAGAGGGACCACCUGAGCCAGGAGCUGGGAGAGGCGGAGGGCAGGAGGAGGCAGGAGCUGGCCGCCCAGGAAGAGGCCCGCAGGGGGCUGGCGGAGGGCAGGAGGGCCCUGGAGGAGGAGAAGAGAGCCCAGAUCUGGCUGAGGGAGAGGGCGGCCCAGCUGGAGAAGGAGCUGCAGCUCACGGCGGAGACCCACCAGGAGGACGUCUCCCUCCUCCGGGCCGCCCUGGCCCACGCCCGGCCCUCCCCGCAGCCGGCGCCGGCUCUCCAGCCCGAUCCGGCCCUCCAGCUCCGGGACCUGGGCUUGGAUUACUCCCAGAGGGCGGCCCAGGCCUGGAGGGAGGCGGCCAGCUCCUACCAGAGCCAGCUGGGCCGGCUGGAAGACUCCCUGGCCCAGGCCCAGGCCCGCUUGGCCCGGCUGAGCCAGGAGAAGAGGGAGAGCUGCCUGGCGGCGCAGGGCCUGGCCAGGGAGCUGGAGGCGGCCCGCGCCAGGAAGGGGGCGCUGGAGAGGAGCGCGGCCGGGCAGCGGGACAGGCAGAGGGAGGAGCUGGACAAGCUGCAGGCCCACAUAGAUUCCCUGGAGCAGGAGAAGGAGAGCCUGCGCGAACAGAUCGCCGCCCUCCUGGCGGACAGGCAGAACCUGCAGCAGCUCAAGAUGUCCCUGGGGCUGGAGGUGGCCACCUACAGGGCCCUCCUGGAUACAGAGAGCCUGAGAUUUAAGGUGCCUUCGGCGAGCCUCCAGCUGAAUUUUGUUCCCAGACAUGGAGAGUCUGGCACUGAAGGAGUGCGGGAGACCAUCCAAACAACGCUCGCCAGGGGCCGUCAAGUCAGCCUGGUCUCUGCGAAGCUGCUUGGCUCAGACAAGAUGCCGCCGCCUGGCACAACAGGGACGCGGAACAAGUUGCCCACGAUGGCAGCACCCUCCCGGCCCCCUGUGGGCAAAGCUCUGAAAGACACGCCCGCUGUCGUGGCACCCCGAAGGGCAGAAGAGCCCAUCAAGGAGACGAAACAGGAGAGGGGGAACUGGGAUGUUGAAACAUCCAGGCAGGUAGACUGGCCACCGGCUUGCUCCAAAGAAGCUUCGAAGGGCGGAAGAGGGGAGGAAGGUCAAAGGUCAAAGGUCAGCCCGGCUUCACUUCUUUCCACGACUCCACCACAGGGGUCUGCCCUUCCGUCCGAGGUCCAGCUCCAGCUGCCCGCAGGUCAAUCGGAAGACAAUCGCGAGGUGGUAGGGGAUAAAGACGAACAGCAGGAAACCGUUCGGGCUGCAGACAGCCAGGAGCCCGAGGAUGACGAGCCCGUGCCAGAGCUCUGUUCCCAGACCGAGGCCGUCACUUACGCUACGUCGACUCCAGCCCUUCUGGGAAUGGCUCCACAGGCACUCGAGACUGUUGACCGUCCCCAGGCCGUUGCGGAGCGAGCCAUGAGCGACCAACCACAGAAGGUGGGAGAGACAGAAGACGACACGCAGCCCGACGCAGGAGAGGGGGCACCUCUGGGGCUGACUCUUGAACUGGGCUAUCUCCUUGAACCUCAGCAGGCCUCCACCCUUCCUGUUAGUCACGGAGGACUGGUGACCCAGGAGUCCGAGUUGGAAAGGUACGAAGAGCAAGAUGGCGCUACUGCUGAGCUCGAGGCUGGGAACCAAGAGGAGACUCUGGAGCCGUGCAUAGCGGCCCUUCAGCACUCCAGUGUCCUCCUAGAAAGGCCACCUCAAGGCGCCUUGGUGGACACCGAAGUGUCAGAUGAUGAUGAUGAGCCGCCUACCAAAGCAACAGAGGCAAGCGCAGGCGCAAAGGACUCAUGGGCACCGGAGCUGAUGGACGAGUUAAUGGCUGACACCCACCACCCAGAAAGCAUGAUCGGCAGCAGAACUGAAGAAAAGAGGGAAGAAUCCCCCAUCCUUCCCCCCAAACCUCUCAAAGAGGAGCCAUUGUUUGAGGAGCCCACAGUAGGGGACACCGCAGGCCGAGAAGAUCCCCAGCCCCAGCGCACGCUGGUAGCAGAGCCGCUUGGGAAAGACAGUGCCUUUGAAGGCGGACUUCCUGAAGACCUUGUCACCCCUGCUCUCCAGCAGUUCGUCCAGGAGAGCCACGGGGAAAGAGUCACUUCGGAAUGUGCAUGGGAGGAGCCACUGGAAGCUGCUGGGGAGCCUCCUCUGAAACCAGAAGAGCAAGCCCCGCCCAAGAACGGAUCAGGAAAUGCAGAGGGAGGUGAUGAAGUGGGACAGUGGGACAAUGAGGAGGCAGACGGAGAUGACAGGAGUGCUGCUGAUGAGGGCGAAGGAGAAUCAGACCGCCUCUCGGAACACGAAGCCGGAAAGGAUCACGUGACGGGGGAAGGCAAAGGAGAAACUAAGGCCGAAGACCUAGAGGAGACAGGAGAGAAGGAAAAAGCUUUUGGAGACAGCGAAACAGCUGCUGAAUAUUGGGGAGAGGAGGGCUCGGCUGGCAGGGAGACUCCUGAAGAUGAAACGGAGCAGAUGAGCAGGGAGGAGGAAGCCAUUUUGGCUGUUGAGCCACCUUCCGGCUCCCAUUUCCCAGCAGAGGGAAAACCAAGCGAUAAUCUGAACGCAUCCCCAGAAAUGGAGCCAGUGGAUUCAUCCGCAGAGGAAGAGGAUUCUCCCAACGCGUCCCAGUCUUGGAGGACAGACGGCGAAGAGCUGGAGAGCGCCGACGGCUACGCUUUGGAGAACACCCUGGCUGACACCCGCUCUCUGAUCCAGUACAAGAGCGAGGAAGCAGUCUGGGAUUUGAACACCCAGGGAUCGCCCGAGGAGGACGCGGAAUCUGAGGGACCGAUGAGCGACGAGGAAGGACGAGUUGGAUCGGAAUUUGGGAAAGAAGAAAGGGAAGAGGACUUUCAAUCCAGAGAAGCAGAUAAGAUGGGAAAUCUCAAUAUAGAGGCUGAUGAAGAAAAGUCAAGUUCAAAAGGAGAAGAGGAAGAGGGAAGGGAUGACCCUAGAGAAGCAGCCCAGGAGAGUCCACUGCCAUCUGAGGAGGAGGAGAUCUUGAGUGAGAAGCAGACAGAAGCCGACAACAUGAGGGGGUUUGGAGAAUACGAAACUCUAGAAACAGCCGGGGGAAACAUCAGCCAUGGAGAGGAGCAGGAUCUUCUCAGGAACCUUGAGGAUGAAGCGGAAAGCAAGGAAGAUGAAAAUGGGACAGGACAAGAUGAAGGAGCUCAGAUCACGGGGUCAGGCUGGAACAAACCACACGAGGAGAGGGAUCGAGAGGGACAGGAAGAGAGACGCACAGAAGAUCCUCCAGAAUCGGUGACAGACUCCGAGGCAGACAAAGAUGUGCAGGAGGAAAGGCCCGUCACAGCAGAGCAGGAGGCGGAGGUGCAGCUGGCAGAAGAAAAAGAAGGAGCUAAGACAGAGACAGCCAAGAGCGAUCCGGAGCAGGAGGCAGAGCCGCAGACAGAGAUGAAUCCACAGGAGCAUGCUGAAAUGCACAGUGAAGAGCCAGAUGUGGCACAGACGAAUUCGGGCCAUGUCCACGUGACAGAAGACACAGAGAAAGGGUUGCAUGUGGAAGAAGGUUCACGGGCCAAAGNAGACAGUGACGAUGACAACCAGUGUGAUGAAGACUUACGGGCCAAACCAGACAGUGACGAUGACGACCAGUCUGAUGAGGAGGCAGAAAUGAAACACGUGCACGUAGAAAAUGUAGUCACAACUCAGCUGCCCUCCAAAACAGAAGAUCUGACAGCGGAAGAACAUUUGGAUGUGUCCUCUGAUGAAGACAAUCGCACAGAAGAUGUGAAACCAGCCCCUUUGCAUCAAGCCUCAGCCAGGUCGGAUGUUGACGCUGAUGUUUCAGGAGCUUUGGAAAAGACGGAAGCUGUCGAGCCCCAUCCAGACCAGAGCGUGGAAGAGAAACAGGAAGAAGGACAAAACCUGUCCAUGCUCACCAACGUGGACUCCACCGAGCAGCUGUCUUUGGCCAGCGAGCUCAGCAGCACCCCGGACACUGUCGCUCUGGCCCACUCGGAGUCGGAAGGCUCGUGCAGCUCCGACGACGAGUCGCCCAACGUCAGCCGGUUUUCACAGACGUUCGGCAAAGGGGGAGACGCCUUAGGCUCUUUCACCGGUGGGCCACCGGACGCCGGAGCCACCGAAGACACAGAGGAGAUCUGCGCAGAGGCAGCGCCCUCCAGCGCCCUCCCCUUGAACAGCGAAGGGCAGGGGGGCGAUGACUUCGGCGGGAAGGCGCGGGCGGAAAGCGACAAGCCGGAACAGGAAGAAUGGGAGGUCCUGGAAAACCCAGAUCCAAAUCCAUGGGGGGCUGUAGAGUUCCACGUGGGAUCGAGAGCUGCCGGUGAAAGCAUCCAGGGUUUUCCCAGCGUGGAAGUCGCAGCCCAGGACGUGAAGGGCACGGCCCAGCCCUCCGGAGGCUUCCCGAGCUGCCCUGCCCAGGAGGAUGACCUGUUGGACGUGGAUGCCGACGAGCCCGUGACAUUGCCUACAGCCAACGGAGAUCACAGAGGACCGGGCGACCUUUUCCGCUCCCACGUGAACGGCAACCCCUGGAGCCCGGCCGAGGAGAUCGAAGCCGCGGGGGGGGGGGGCCUUCUCGGCCACGACGAGCAUCGGCUCUUCCAGGGGGACCUUCACCUGGAUCAACAGCGGGAGCCGAAAUCCUCCCCCCCGUCCAAGAAGGGAGCAGACGAGCGCACGGAGGCGGAUGGGGCCACCCAAGGGACCCAGUCCAUUUCCGCACAGCUGGGAGGGCAGCCAGCGAUCAAGGGGCUCCUCUACGGAAGCACGGAGACCGAGGACAGACGCUCAGUGGAUUCCCUGGAGGAAGGGGACUCCUGGUCCUCUGGAGAAGAGUAGGCAGGACUUUGGAAGCAGACGUCUGGAAGGCAGAAGGAGUCGGCGCCCAACGUAUCCUAGAGAUAAGAGGAAGGAUGAAAAAAUAGGAAAAUAACGAGGAUAACAACUGCAGCAUUGGUCCAGUGCUGGGUUGCAAAUGUUUGCAUCCAGCAGUGGCUGACUGAUAAGUAAAGAGCAUCGGAAGUGAAGGUUUAGGACAUUUAGAUAUAAAACACUCCUACAGCUUCCUUGCGUUUCACUUUUUUAAGGGGCCAAAGCACCAAGCAGACAAGAGCCACCUCCUCAGGUGCUGUUGCUCUUGUUCCACUGAUGCUCCUUCUCUCUCAAGUCCAUGACAGAUCUCAUCUCGGAAGGCGGCGCCGGGCUGCUCCACGCAAACUGGGCGUCCGGACCAGAUCAGAUGCAUUACAGCACCACCCUCCCAAAGACGAGUCCAAAUGUGCCAAACCCCAAGAAAGAGAAAUUCUGGCUCAGCUCAGACACAGACGUCCUGGGUUCUCAAACCAAAAAAAUAAAAUAACACUCUGCAAUCGAUUCAAAUGCGCGAGAAAAGACGAUUGCAGCAGCAUCUUUUGUGCUGUAAUUCAGAAUACUAUCAAGGGAACCAUGUUCCUGAGUAACACUGUUCCAUUCGAAGCCUGUUGUGAGGGGCAGGUCUGUGUGGCAACACUAGCUGUAUUCUUGAUGAAUCACAUUGGGAGGAUCUGGGGAUCUGAAUGAGCUACAGUAUAUAUUCUUCAGCUUCGUAGCCAUUGGCAGUACAGAGGCUUGAUUCAAUACAGUGUAGCCGUGUUAAAGCAGGGCCAAAGAUUGUUUUUCAAAGACCAAAGCUUUACGUUUAGCUCUCAGAAACAGGUCAAUAAGAACACUACUUCCCAAACAGCUAUUGCUUAUAGCACAGAACUCAAGCCCUGAGGAGCUUUGAAAAUGUUGCAGCUACACAACACUGAGCAUGAAACCGAGCAGACCCAAACACAUCAGAUACUGAUUACAUUAUGGGGGAAAGGGCCCAAGUGAGUCAUUUGAAUCCCAUGUGUCUGCAUCACCCAUUAUAUUUGCAGACAAACACUACAUACACAAAUCAAUGUGUGAGAAACGGUCAGGCCAGCAUUGAGCAUUUUGCAUUCAGACCUAAUGGGAAAACAUCUCUGGAAAAGUAUGGUCACAUGAUCAAGGCAUCGUGGAGCUGUAGACAUCUGUUCUUUCCUACUUCAUUGUAGUCACACUGGAUCACAUCUGUCAUACUUGAAAAAUAAGAUGCAAGUCAUGUUUCCUUGACUUUUCCUUUUCACCAGAAGAAAAUAAGAUUCAGAGCUGAUGGAUUGGUGUCCUGCCAUGGACAGACCAUGAGCAAAUUGCACUUCUACUGCAUUUGUUUCUGAAGUAGUUUGCUCACUUGGAAAAUGAAGACCAGUACCAAUUUGCAUGACCGGGUUAGGAUUUAAUUAAAUCAUUCAUGUCUUUAACAAUCAAGGCUAUCAAACAAUUUGUGGUGAAAAAUGGUUCCCUGUGAACAGAAACUUUGUGACAGCUUUCGGAGAUUUGCUUAUAAUUUGUCUGAAUGGGUACAAAAGACAGAGUCGAACUGAGAUGGUAAAAGAGAGACAGAUCUUCUCUAGAGAUUUAACACAGGUGCAGAAAGAAGGAGAAAAUUUGCACAGGAUCUCAAAUAUUUAGAGUGUCCUUCUCUGUGAUCUGGAAACAUAGUGAAGUAUCCUUCAGGUGUCUCAUAUUGAAAGGCUGUCCGAUCACAGAUGUCCGAAAGACAGGAUAGUUGCGCUUGCAUCACUACGUAGAAAGCAUACAUUGUCUUGGAUUUUUUUAUUCAUUCCAGUUUUAUACCUUUAGAUCAGCCUGCACUUGGAGAUAUUGUUUCGUGUGUGUGUGUGUGACGAGACCAGCUCUCCCUGCCACGAUUUGCUCGCGGGCUCCCAGCAUGCUCAGCGCCGCUCCCCGGACAGCGGUCAACCUCAGUACAGCAGAGUUCCACACUGUCCAGAUUUCAGAGAGGGGUGACGUCUCUUCUGUAACUCACUCCCAGCGUGAGCCCUGUUAAAUACGUGCAAUCAUGUCGAGAUCGUUAAAUUAUUACUUGCUUUCUCACGAAGAAUGGACCAAACGUCACCAAAAAUCAUUUCAGAUGCUGUCAAGACUUUGCCAGCAACCAAUGUAUCCUUGUUCCAUUUAAUGCCCAGGAUAUUUCCGUUGCUGGGAGAAGGACUCUGAAAGUGGCUCAGCUGUUGUUGAAGGAGGAAUGGUUCAGUUACUUAGCAUGUAUUCUAACUGAGCUGAAUGAAUUUGGCCCUUCUGCUAUAUAAAAGCAUCACCUGUUUUAUUUUUUUACCUCCACAAUCUAAUUAUCUUUUACUGCAGUGUGUUAUUCUUAAAGAUAAAAUAAUCAGAAAUAUAUGGCUGAGAGCAACAGGAAGGCUUAUGCACUGCUCUUCUUUUACCUAGAAAUCCAAAGUCUGGCAAGUUUUAUAGCCAGGGUUUCUUGAUCAGAGACCUGCGAAUGAACCAUUUGAAUAAUUAAACAUCUGAUAAAAAAGCAGAUACAUGGCUGCAUCGAACUGGGGUGUCCAGUACCAUUCCUGAAGGGCUGGGGUGUCUGAUGGUUCUCGUGGCUAAAACUCGAGAUUUUUAAUGCUUAGUCAAUAGCGCAGGAGGCAUUUUUGAUGGAAGACACAGGACUGAACUCUGUGGAGCUCUCUCAAACUCUUUCAGAGUUUGAAAGAAGCUCUGCUGUCCAAUUUAUCAAGCUUAUCAGGUCAGUGGAACAAUUAAGCAGCAGAGAGCAAAAGGACACUACAGCCUUGGGGUUGAACACUGGGAUCGCAUUGUUUCUCACCCAGCUGAAGCAGUCGGCAAACUGCCCUUCCUCAGAGCCGUCUUGACAGAUCUACUGCAGCAGAAGGGCUACAUCUCCUUUGAUCCAGACGGUGUGGCACACUGCUCCUCCUUUCUUACCCAUUCCAAUUCCAAAUCCAAAUUCCCAUUUGUCAUUCCAUUCAAACCGAACCACUCCCUGAUCAGGCGCGUUCAAUGGGCUGAUUCCAAACAGAUCCGGAGUCUGGCCCAUCGGCUGUAAAGCCUGCGACAGGUGGGAAAGUCGCAGCUGAUAGCUUGUGCUCGUCGGACAAAUCGUGGGAUCGGGCAGCAGCGCUGUUGGUUGUCUUUGCACUAGUUAAAAAAAAAACAGCUCUUGCAGCUACAUCACCUCUCUGCUUCCGAGGGCGCGUUACGUACUCCUCGGUUUCGAUCGCCGGUAGACCGCAGUAGUUUCGCUGCUCCACUAACCUGUAGUGUUUGAAAUAAACUAACUGGUAACCAA